AUGGGUUUCUGCUGCAGCGGGGAGCACGGCGGCAGUGGCGGUGGCGGCGAGCUUUGCUGGGGACGCCAUUGUGUGUCCUGCUGUACUGGAUGGGUGGGCCCCACUGUGCUGCUCUGCACGUAUGGGUUCUUCUCCAUGAUGAGGCCCAUAGAACCCUUCAUGACGGAGUUCCUCACAGGAACCUACAAGAACCUCACCACGGAGCAGGUGACCAGACAGGUGUAUCCUGUGUGGACCUACUCCAGCCUGGUCCUCCUCAUCCCCGUCCUCCUGGUGACAGACGUCCUCAGGUACAAGCCUGUAAUCAUCCUCCAGGGUCUCACCUACGUCGCCGCCUUCCUGCUGGUGCUGGUUGGCUCGGGGGUCCGCUCGACGCAGCUGGCCUUCCUCAGCUACAGCGUCGCCACGGCAGGAGAUGUGGCCUAUUUCUCCUACAUUUACGUGGUGGUUCACGCCAGCCGCUAUCAGCGAGUGACCAGUUAUGUGAGAGGGGCCAUUCUGCUGGGCUACGCUGUGGGCGGCCUCCUGGCUCAACUGCUGGUGUCCCUGGGUGGCGUGUCCCUCCACUGCUUGGCUAUCGUGACUCUCAUCUCUGUCUCCAUCGCACUCAUAACCACGUUCUUCCUGCCCAUGCCGAAGACCAGUAUAUUUCUUGACGGGACAAACUCCGUACGACAGAGCCAGCCACACGAGGGCGCUCACGACUUCUCCAAGAGGGUGAAGAGCGUCAUGGCUGCAGAGCACAUUGGAAGGAUUUUCCAAAAUCUCCUCCUGGACUGUAAGAAAUGUUAUUCGUCAGUGGCUCUGCUCUUCUUCUGCAUAUGGACGGCGACGGGGAGGUGCGGCUUCUACCAGGUCUCAGGCUACGUGCAGCUCCUCUGGGUUCACAUACAGCCUCAUAACGUGACGGCGUACAACGGAGGGGUGGACGCCGUCAGCACUUUGUCAGGAGCCGCAGCCACAGUCGCUGUGGGCCACAUGUCCCUGGAGUGGUCGGCGUGGGGGGAGCUGAUCCUGGGGGGGUUCACGCUCCUGAUCGCUGCGGCUGUUUUCCUGAUGGAGCUGACUGACAACAUCUGGAUCAGCUACCUGUGUUACAUCAUCUUCAAAACUGUUUACAUGCAGCUCAUCACCAUCUGCACUUUUCAGAUCGCCCAGGCCCUGAACAGGAAGCGCUAUGCACUGGUCUUUGGCGUGAACAGUUUUGUCGGCACCGUCCUGCAGAGCGUCCUCACUGCCAUCGUCAUCAACACCAAGACUCUGCACCUCACCAUCACCUCCCAGUUUUUCGUCUACGCCUCGUACUUUGCAGCCAUGUCCCUGCUGUUCACAGUCAGAGGUGUGUACACUGCGCUCCACAGGAGACGGGCCGCUGUGGGCGAGCAGCCGGAGAGAGACACCAACCUGCCACAGUUCACCCGUCUGUGA